AUGGCGGUAGGCGUAGCGAUAUGUGCUGCAUGGUACUAUACAAUUCUUGCUGGCUUCUAUACGCUUUAUUGUCCUGUUAUGUAUUUAAUGUUCUUAAAUCACAACCUGUAUAGAAAAGUUGUUGACGUUCUGUUUUCACUAUGGGAGCUUUACCCUGUGGCACUCUUUCAAUGGUGCUACAAUACUCGACUGCGUUUUUUCGGAGAUUAUGUGGAUCCAAAUGAAAAUACAAUUAUUGUUAUGAAUCAUCGCACUCGGGUGGAUUGGAAUUAUGUAUGGAUAGCUUUGUAUCAUGCGACUCAGGAAACAGAUUCUAUUAGACAAACAGGCUUAGUCAACUGCAAUGAUUUCAAAUGUAAAGAUAAAAACGAUGUAUUUGAUUUAAUUGCUGGAGGAAAAUCGCGAUUAAAAUUUGUCUUAAAAGAUGAAAUAAAAGCUUUACCUGGAAUGGGUUGGAUAAUGCAGUUGAAUUUCUUUCUUUACGUAAAACGCAACUGGCAGGAAGAUCAACAGAAUCUUUCACAAUUCGUGGAUUAUUACCGAAAUCUGCACUAUAAAAAUCGAAUCGUACUUUUCCCAGAGGGAACCGAUUUGAGCGAUGACAAUAAACGUCGAAGUCACAAAUUUGCUGAAGCGAAUAAGUUACAGCGUUACGAGUUUGUAUUACAUCCACGUACUAAAGGAUGGGUAGCGUUGUGUUCUCGAUUGCGCUGCGCCGGUUUGACUUCGGUGUAUGACGUCACUGUUGCGUACGAUAAUCCUGCUAACACAGAACUCGAUUUGAUAAGUGGGAAGAUACCUGAGGAAGUUUUCUUUCAUUUAAAACGAUACUCUAUCAACGAUCUUCCCUCAGACGACGAGGCCCUUAAAAUUUGGUUAAAUGACCGUUGGCAGGAGAAGGAGUACAGUCUUCGUAAAUUUCAUUCAGACGGUGUUUUUAUUGAUACUGCAACGAAGAGUGCACCUACCGAAAAUAAUCCGCGGUCAUUGAGAAGAGCCAAGAUUGGUUUUGUAUUUUGGACUUUCAUCGACAUAUUAUUUAUGUAUGCUAUAUGCAGCAGUGUAAUAUUUCAAUUUUGGGUUAUAUAUCACAGCUUUCUUUCUAUCUUUGUCACUUGGUACUUCGGUGGCUUCCAAAAUCUUCAAUAUAAAUUUUUGAGAAAAAUUAGCGAGUAG